UGUAAAACAGCUAGUCCAAAGUAAUGCUCCACCUACCUAGAGAUGCUUUAGUGUGUCAAAAGCUUUCGGGAAGUAGGCUAUUGCGCUUCAAUAAAAAGGAGACGCUAAAUAAUCCGAAAAUGCAACCUCCUCCCAGAAAGGUGAAGGAGACCCAGCAGGUGAAGAUGGCCUUUGCGGAGCAAGUGGGCCGGCUGCAGAGCAAACAGCAGCAGGAGGUAGAACUGCUGGAGGACAUCAGGUCCUUCAGUAAACAGCGUGCUGCCAUAGAACAAGAGUACAGUCAGGCCCUCCAGAGACUGGCCAUACAGUUCCAGAGGAAAGACUGGCAAAGAGGCAAGGGAGACUCUUUGAACUCUGGGAGUGUGUUUGCUGUGUGGAGGUCUCUGAUUGAGGCCACGGCACAGAGUGGAGUGUGUCGUCUCACGGCGGCCGACGGAUAUCGCUCACUCACUGCCGACGCUCUGAAGAGCCUGAGGGCAGCCAAGGAGCUGAAGGCCAAGAGGGGUCUAGAGCAGCUGCAGAGAGUACAGGGUGAGGUAGUGGAUGCACUACGAGAGCUCCACAAGGUCAAGAAGAGAUACUACCAGCUGAGUCACAUGGCUAACGUGGCCAGGGAGAAAGCUGCUGACGCACAGGCCAAAUUCAAGAAGAGUGACCAUGGAAUUUUCCAUUUUAGGACAGGCUUGCAGAAAAUGAGUUCAAAGCUGAAUACCAGGCUGAGGGAGUGUGACCAGAGACUGACAGAGGUGCGUAAUGAGUACCUUCUAACACUGUCUGCCGUCAACUCUCAUCACCAGUACUACUACACUGCAGAGCUGCCUGCCAUCAUGAGGAGACUGGACAGUGACCUGUAUGAGCAAAUCCGAGAACACUUCACUCUCUUGUGCUGCACAGAGAUCGACACCUGCCGGUCAACGCAUAGUAACUUUAGCAAGAUCUGCGAGAACUACACCAAGGUGUCUAGAGAACAGAACAUCCAGAUAUUCCUCCAGGAGUACCCGGUCUUCACCAGAACAGCCGGCUUUCACUUCCAGGUUGCCCCUAAAGACAAGGUGUGCAUUCUGAAGCAACAUAGCUCCAGUGCUGAGGGGGAGAGCUGUUUGGACAAGGAGGCCCGCAAGUGGUCUGCUAAGGCUGCCAAAGACUACAAGAUCAUCUCACACGGAGAUAGGGCACUGCAGAUGCUGGACAGGCGUUUCAAACUGCUGUCAGGAGACACAGGAGUCAGCGUGGAACAGAAGAUGGUGGGGGUGAAGGAGAGUGUGAGGAAAGCACAGGUGAGCCGGGUGAAGGCGGAGUCCAGGCUGGCGCUGCUGGCGUCGGCGGGGGUGGACGUGGAGCCAUGGGUGAGCAGUGCUAUGACCCAGGCAGACGAGGAGCUGGAGAGGGACAGGAGGCUGAGCGAGGCACGCAUGUCCAACGGAGAUAUCUCCGAGGACGAGUUUGAGUUCACAGACUUCGACGACUACGAUGAAGAUGGUGACACUUUCAUCGAUUCAACUUCCUGCUCGGUGCCGUGUGGAUACCCCUUGGCUUGCAUGGUUCUCUACAGCUAUCAGGCCUGCCAAGGAGAUGAGCUGUCAAUCACAGAGGGAGAAGAGCUUCAGGUGAUAGAGGAUGGAGACAUGGAGGACUGGCUGAAGGCCCGUAAUGCAGCAGGCCAGGUUGGCUACGUCCCUGAGAGGUACCUGCAGUUCCUGUGGUCACCAGGAGAGGGCUCUUCUGUCUGCCUGGCGCAGGGCUUCCCUUGUCCCCAGCUGGACUGGUCCUUCAACAGUUCCAGCUCCUCAUCAGAACAUUCCAAGAGGCAGCAGGGCCGCUCCCCUCACUCUGGGGGUCUGGCACGGGCUCUGUUUGAGUACCAGGGCCAGGGUCCAGAGGAGCUGUCCUUCCCAGAAGGGGCGGUCAUUAGGCUGCUGCGCUGCCGCCAGGGGGAGGUGGACGACGGCUUCUGGGAGGGAGAACUGGACGGACGCUUGGGGGUCUUUCCUUCUCUGGUGGUGGAGCUGCUUGGGGACGGGGAGAAAGAGGAGGAAGAGGAGAGCCUUCCCACCCCCACUCUUCCUCCAUUCUCUCCACCCAUCCCUAUUUCUGGAACCCCCUGCAGUCUCCUCUGCUUCUCAUCAGGCCCUGGGUCCUGGUCUGUAAACAGUACGCCCCCUAAGGACCCGGAGGACAGGUUGCAGGCUUCUUUCUCACUGAAAACACAGAGCCUGUCAGACAGCAGGGCAGAGAGUGCAGGCAGCACACACAGCUCACCUGACCUCUCAGCCGGAAGAAUACGACCGACAAGGGCUCCCCCUCUUCCCCCGACUCAGAGACACUCCCCCAUGCCCUGAGGAAGCAUGUGUGGGGGAGUGUUCAGAAGAGACAGAGUGGACACCACAGGAGAGUCUUGUGCCUUCACCGAAAGGAUGAAACACACCCUCACCGGGACUUGUACAGUAUGUAGCUACCAGGUGAGCUUUGUCUCUUCCUGACAGGCUACACUAUUUUUGAAAGUUAGUAUUCUUGUAUUGUUUACGUGAUAAUAUGUCAAAAAACAUGGAUUCAUCUGUCUCUGAGCUUCAGGGACAUCAUUCACCAGUUUUCAGAAGUAUUAAACUAUCUUGUAGGAAGUGAUGUUUAUAAUUUGCGUAUGAUAAGAUACAGGGUUAUUUGAGAUCCUGUAGAAAUAAAUGUUCAGUAUUGCAGUUCAAAUAAGCUUGUGCCUGAUGUUUUUUUUUGCUUGCAUGAUAAUAUACUGUAUUAAUUAUACAGUAGUAAACCAUAUAUAAUGUACUGUAUUAAUUAUACAGUAGUAAACCAUAUAUAAUGUGCUGUAUUAAUUAUACAGUAGUAAACCAUAUAUAAUGUACUGUAUUAAUUAUACAGUAGUAAACCAUAUAUAAUGUACUGUAUUAAUUAUACAGUAGUAAACCAUAUAUAAUGUACUGUAUUAAUUAUACAGUAGUAAACCAUAUAUAAUGUACUGUAUUAAUUAUACAGUAGUAAACCACAUUCUACAUGUCAUGUUCUAUUUCCAUGAGAACCAGAAUCAAACAUGGACACUGAGAUGUAUUAAACAAUCUUCCUGGUGUGUUUGUGCUUGUUAAUAUCUUACCUCAGAAUUACAGGAUGGUUGAAGUAUCAGAACGAAAUGCUCUAACAGUACCACAUUGGGUUAAGUCCACCUCAACAAUUAGUCAUACGAACAACAAAGGUCAAAUGCAUAGCUUUAAUAUAUACUUAGUUUGAUUCCUUAAGAAUUGUUCAUUGUACAGCUGCAUUUUCACAUUUGAGAUGACUCACAUCAUCAGGUUGUUGAUUAAUAGUAUGCAUAUAAUAUAUAUAUAUAUAUGUUUUCCUCAUGAGUUAUUUCCAGCUUCGGUCAAUGAAGACACAUGCAAUAUAUGAUUCUAAGGCCAUUACAAACACAUUUAAAUAUAUUUUACACUCAAUGGACACAGUGUAAGACUAAGGAGUUAGAUCAUUACUGUGAACUGAUAAUGCAUGUAGCAGCCAUGACCAGCAGAGGAGACCACAUCCUGGUAACACAUACAGGAAACGAUUCCUGUAUGUGACGAUUCCUUCGAUUCCUGUAUGUAACGAUUCCUUCGAUUCCACAAAAAUAAUACUUUGGUGUGCUUUUGUUUGCCAGUUAAUUUGAAAACAUGAAAUCUUCAUUGAAAUCAGUCAUAUUCUGUGCUUAGCAGAGCUAUAACCAGAUAUAGUACCAUUCACAUAUGGAGUUACAGUACUGUUCGCUGGUGAAACAUUUAUGACUGGGACAUACAGUCAGAUAUAUACAGUAGUAAGCUUUUGAUUUCUUGACCAUUUCACAUCUAUGAUGUAUAUUAAAGUAAACAUGUGUAAUGCAUAUAAACGCCAUUUUGUUAGUUGUUCUUUAUUGCGUAUUAUAAUAUUUUCAAUGUUGAUACUAUCUCUACAAGGUUGGGGCUCCCGAGUGGCGCAGUGGUCUAAGACACUGCAUCACAGUACAAGAGAUGUCACUGCAGUACCUGGUUUGAAUCCAGACUACAUCACAUCCAGC